CCGAACGCACCGCACCUCUAGCGCAUGCCAGCGUCGCAGCCUGCGCGCUCGCGAUCUCGACACCCCUACGUAACACAACCUCUAGUUAUGAUUAAAUCUAGAAUUAAUUGGUGGAUUUGAAAUCAAUUCUAAGUACAUUGACGUCAACGUUACAGUGGAAGCAGCAGUGAGUGCGAUAGGAAAACCAUUUUGCAGUUUCCCGCCCAAACGAGGAUGUCCAGGCACGUACUUCUCUCGCGUCUGGCGGAGCAGUUCCAGCUAUCAUCUCCCCCGCCCGCGCACCGCUACCCCUCCCCUGAACGCAGUGUGUCUCCCCAGUCGCCGUCCUCCCCGCAGUCGCCGCCGCAGUCGCCGACUCUACCCCAUAACUUGCUGCAGCUCGGAGACAUCGAGAUAGCAGGCAGAGCUCUGAAGCAGUAUGCUAGAGCCACGGAACUAGGAGCAUUGAUGUACUGUAGCGGCCUCGGAGCCCUAUACGGCGCAGGAGGAGGUGUCUGGCCACUGCUGCUGCCCCGCCACUCUCCGCAGUACGCCCGAACUCCUAUCGAACUUGCCAGACACACGCCACCUAGAGAAGACGACGAGGAGCUGCCUCUGAACCUGUCGACGAAGAACCGUCAGAUCUGGUCGCCGGGCAGCGCGUGCGAGCGCGAGCGCGGGCCCGGCUCCCCGUGCUGGGAGCCGCGCGACGACGCGCCGCUCGAGCUGGUCAAGCGCGGCCACGCCAGCCCCGACGCCGACCGUCCCGCCACCCCCGACCCCUGCCGGUGUCCCUCCACCCCGCAAUACCAACCUUACUCUGCCCUUCAAACGCCCGCGGCUGAUCUCAAUUUCUCACUCAUCAAGAGCGAAAAUAGAAGCGAAAAGUCAUUCCAAUGCAAGCAGUGCGGAAAAUGCUUCAAGCGGUCGAGCACUUUGUCGACUCACCUCCUCAUCCACUCGGACACACGGCCCUAUCCCUGUCAGUACUGCGGGAAACGCUUCCAUCAGAAGUCCGAUAUGAAGAAACACACAUACAUACAUACAGGCGAGAAACCCCACAAGUGCGUGGUGUGCUCGAAGGCGUUCAGCCAGAGCUCUAAUUUGAUCACGCACAUGCGCAAGCACACCGGCUACAAGCCCUUCUCGUGCGGGUUGUGCGAUAAAGCGUUCCAGCGCAAGGUGGACCUGCGUCGGCACCGCGACUCGCAGCACGCCGACGCCGACGCGCCGCCUGCGCCGCUACGCUACCGCUACUACGGCGACGAAUCGCCCACACCUCUCGCGCCUAUUGUCACCAACUGAACUUUGAACAUUUUUAAUGUGUUACCUAUCACAACUAAUCUAUGAUUUCUAAGUCAAUCGCCGAAGUGGAUCAUUUUUAUUACCUUAAGCACUGGAUGGGGACGAGAAAACGACUAGCGAUCGACUAUAUUAUUGUGUAAAACAUGCAUAUAAAAGAAUUGCAAGUAUUAGUUGUCGUGCACUCUGCCGGCAAGUAUAGUUACAUUUUCCUAAAAGAAAGUAACUCACUAGUGAAGUUAGGUACAACUUAUCACCGCUAGUCGUUUCUCACUAGUCGUCGGCGGUGGGCAGCUGCUGAUUUACAUCGUUACCACCACAAUACCACGAGUCGGUUGAAUAUGUCAACUAAGUAGGUUGUAGGUACCUACCUAUUUUCUUUGUGUUUUUUUUAGUGACCAAAGAACACGGCAUUGAACUCCUUAAUCAAAUUUAUAAUUUGAAUCUUUAAUUCGUUGAAUAAUCCAAAUUAUAUGUAAUUCAUGCACUGGCACAGUACAAAUAUGUACCUUACUAUCAUUGUGUCCCUAGUUAAAAGAUAUGUGAUUCUGUGAAUCCGAGGCUGCUUAUAUUUAUCAAUUGAUGUUACCCUAGGUAUAGUGCCUAAAUGAGUUAGUAAUUUAUUGCUGAUAAAUACUUAUAAUAACUGACGUAUUUUGCACGUCCAAUCAUUGGAAUAUUUACGUUAAACAAACAAAAGCAUUUAUUAAACUAAUGUACUUAACCGAUCAGGUAUUUUGUGAUAAACAAGCAAAUUACAGAUCAUUACAUUGUAGGUAGCAAUAGAGGCUGUACAAAUGAAUUGUCCGAAAUCAAUUAAUCCGUCCUUUGUCAACGUGAUAAGAGUAUAUGUACAUACAAGUUAGUUAAUUUUAUGGGUGCAUACAUACCAGAUACCUGUCAGAAACAUGCAGGCAGACCAUUAAUUUAAGAAUAGUCUAUUAAAAACCAAAGUAAAGUGUCUUAGGUUUAGGUCAGUGUGAAACGCUUUAUUUAUUUAGAAUAAGAUGUCUGUAAGUAUCUUUGCCUUAUUACUUUACACUUGUGCUAAUAAUAUUGUAAUGUUUGACAUACAUUUUAUAGAAUUUAAGUUUUCGAUAGUCUAAGUCAAUCAUGAAUUAUGCAUUUAAAUAUGUAGUAUAACAUACAGUCAAAAUAACUAAAGUUGUAAUCAAGUAUUGUUCGAAUGUAGGUAUACUCGUACAACGUAUACCCAAUUCAUGUGAUUGUAUUUUUUGAAUUAAUAUUAUUAUGACGAGCGGAUUUUAUGGCCAGGUCUAUUAUUAAGUACAAAUUUAACAAAAUUAUACCACGUGUCUUAUACUAAAUAAGUAACCAGUUCAAAGUUCAAUACUACAAAAUAUCCUGCCGUUUAUUUCCUAUGGCAACUAAACGUAUAUUAUGUUCCUAACCGACCACUACGAAUAAAAUAUGAACCGAUCAUUCAAAAAUGCUAUACAUGUACUUAUUGUUACCAUUUUAAUUUUAUUUCGUUACCAAUAGAACUUCGUAAAAAUCAUAGUUUGCAAUUGCACUACAUGAAAAUUGCACAUUUCGAAUUAAAACUUAAAUACUGAAAUAUAAUGCAUUUCUUAACCCUUAAAACCAUUACUAUAAAUCAUAUCAUACCAUAAGGUAAGCAUAGUGAUACGUAUGUACGAGAUAUCAGAACCAUUUUUGUGCGUUUACCAAUUUAAUUUUCUGUUUAUCUUUAACUUAGUUACAUAAACCCGGUACAUCACUUUGUAAGUCGGUUGGUGCUAGGUGAUUUUAAUUUUAAUUUAAAUAUUUAAGACCGCUGAACCUUAUGAAUGUGAAUAAGUGGUCGUUUGCACAGGCACGAUUUAUGUUGAGUCAUGGGCCACUGAUUUAUUGAUACGACCCUACAAAAGAAAUGAAAACGGCAGCGCAGUGUUAAAUGUGUACCUAUAGGUAUAGGUGUAACUAACGUCUGUAAUAUUAAUAUUAUUUUAGAGCCUGUGUCCAUAUAUAGUGCAAAUUAUAUUGGUAUAAUUCGAAAAGUGAUGAUAGUUAAAUAUAAUAUCAUAAAUUAUAAUAUACGUUAUGCUAGGAAUAACGAGCACCUGAUGCAAUGGUUUAAAUAUACGCUUCUUUGUUAUUAGUUAAUUCAAGCUUAAGUUAAUUUACCUAGUAAGUAUGUAUAAUUUUAUAAUAAAUGAGUGUUCUCAUUGCAAGUGUGGCGUCACGUUGAAUCUGCACAUUUGGUGAAGAUAACGGCUAGAACACCAAAGAGUACCCGCUACGAAAACUCGUAUAAUACCAGUGUCAAGAUUUAUCUGUACUUGUGUAGGUACAUUGCAAUUAAAUACAUAUAUGCUGAAAUAAAACAUUUUGAACCUGAAAUGUAACCUCUGAUUUGUAAAAAGUCGUUGUAAUAGAACAUUAAGAUACAAGUGCGAAAAGUAGGAAAUACGCAAUGAGUGUGGCGAUAAAUUAAAAUACGACCGAAGGGAGUGUUUUAAAUCGACACGAGUUGCGAAUUACCUUUUCGCACGUGUACGUUUUACAAUACAUAUAUAUGCACGUAUGGUGCUAGUUGCCGCAGUAUGCCGGUAAAGUAGUACCAUAUGUACUCCAUAAAUUCUUAACGUUUUUCUGGAACAUUUAUGUAUACCAGAAAAAUAUUAAGAAUAUAUCUACAAUAUUCCUUGUAUUUUUAAAUAGUGCGGUGACCGUUUUAUUUCAAUUUUGAUAUUUACACUUGCUUGGCAUUGCUCGAGGAUUCAACGCAAACAACCCUUUGACCAAUCCCGAGUGCUAUGAUAUUAAUAGUAGGUAAUUCGUGUACAGUCGCCAUCAAAUAUAUUGGAGCGGCCAAGGUCUCACAAUAUCUGAACACGCACUCUAACGCCUUUACAAUAGAGACGUGUUCAGAUAUUUGUGAGCACCUUGGCCGCUCCGAUAUAUCUGAUGGCAACUGUACCUAUAAAUACGAGGUAAUAUUGCGUUGAGUUCAUGAGUCGAUGCGAUACUUACAGUUGUUGUUACGAAUACCUACUUACUUGCUACUUACACGCAAUUUGGUUUUUUGUGUAUCUUUUCAAAAUAUUUGUAAUUUAUUUAGGCCAGUUUAAUAUAUGAAUAUU